CUCUCAUACUUAUUUAGACUAUAAAUAAGUUAACAGAAAACAGAUCCUCUAACUUAUCGAGAAGAUUUUGCGUUUCCCUCUUUCCCCCCUCCUCCUCCUUGUGCAGUGCGCCCUCGCCUCGCCCAACUACUCAAAACUUUAUCUCUCUAAACUCCUUACUCUUCCUUCGUCUCUCUCUCUCUCUCUAGAUUUUCUUUUCCGGUAGACUUUCUUUUCUCCAGCUAUUUAUACAUUGUGUAGGAGUAGCUAGACAUUUAUAGCUAUAUAUAUUACACAUAUAUACAGAGAGAGAGCUUCCUUAUUUUCUCUCUCUAUACUACAUCCACAAUGUCGGCUUGCAGAGACGAUGAUCCUCGCGUCCAUGGCAUCAAAUCUAAAAUCCGUGUUGUCCCCAACUUCCCCAAGCCAGGGAUUAUGUUUCAAGACAUCACUACGGUCUUACUCGAUCCAAAGGCCUUCAAAGACACGAUCGACUUGUUCGUCCACCGUUACAAAGGCAAAAACAUAUCAGUAGUUGCAGGAAUAGAGGCUAGGGGUUUUAUAUUUGGUCCUCCUAUUGCAUUGGCUAUAGGAGCAAAGUUUGUGCCCUUGAGAAAGCCAAAGAAGUUGCCUGGUGAAGUUAUAUCGGAAGAGUACAUCUUGGAAUACGGAAGGGAUCGUCUUGAGAUGCACAUUGGAGCAGUUGAACCCGGUGAACGUGCUUUGGUAGUUGAUGAUUUGAUUGCUACUGGUGGUACUCUCUGUGCGGCUAUAAAUUUACUGGAACGUGUUGGAGCUGAAGUUGUUGAAUGUGCUUGUGUAAUUGAAUUACCAGAUCUAGAGGGCCGUGCACGAUUGAAUGGGAAGCCGUUAUUUGUACUUGUGGAGUCUCACUAGCAGUGGCAGAUGAUACAUUUCUGUUGCCAUGCUGGAGCAGGCAACUGUACAUUAGAGGGCCAUUAUUUGCUUCGUCUCACCUGGAGUCUUCUUUCAUAUAUCUCCCCGUUUAUGUGAGUAGUGAAUUUUGAAAGACCAUGGUGGUUGAGAGAUCCUUUGUUUCCGAUUAGCGUAGAAACAUUGAAUUUAUUAUGCAAAAGGGCUUCAGAAAAUGCUUGUAGGAAUUCUUUUUCUCAUUUUUCACUGCAAUGUGGUUGUAGUUAACCUUGUGCUUUUGUUCCAAUCUUUGGCCUUGGCCUUACAUGAAUGUUUCACCCUUGGCCAAAUUUUAUGGACCUCAACAGCAGAUACCAACUACCUAUCAUUAAUUUAGGUGUAUUUUAAUGGUGAAAUGAUGCCAAUGUUACCAUGUUA